AUGGAAUCGGAAAAGAAAGCUGCAUUAGACAAAGACACAUAUAAACGAUUGACGGCAGUUAGAGCGAAACUACAAUCAAGUCUCACGGCUAAAAUUCAAUUCCAAUUUAAGCUCACAAGAAAAUCGUUCAACAAAUGUGGCAAAAUGCUCGCAAGAGCCUUGCGCACCGAACGACAGAAAAGCUUUGUACAAGCAAUCAGCCUCGGGAGUGAGUGCUAUCAGACCCCCAAGACAAUCGUAGAAGCCUUUCGGGCGUAUUACGCAGCACUAUAUCAGUUACCACCCGGCAGAGGACGGACAGACGGAGAAGCCUCAACCUUACAGGAAAGACGCCUGGAAUACGUGACCUGCCACACCAACUCCAAACUGAGCACAGAGGAGGAACCCAUCAGUACAGAGGAUCUGCUCAUGGCGGUGAAGCUGGCCAAAACGGGGAAAAUCCCGGGACUGAACGAGUACACCACUCAAUACUAUCGGAAAUAA